CAAAAAUGUACUCAAAACCAAAGCCGAGCCGAGCCGAGCCGCUCAUAUUUGUUUUCUCAUUAUUUGGUGGCUAGCUGUUGUCAGUCUCCGAAUCCACCAUAUUUGAACCGAAUAGAACAGAACAGAACAGCCUCCUACUCUUUCUUCCCCACCGACCUUCGUUUUCCCCCUUUCACACUGCUGUCUGUGUGACCUCCCUCCAUAUGUACUGUGCACACAUGCCCAAUUGAAUUUGAAUUUGAAGUUGAAGGUGAAGGUGAAGGUGAAGGUAUUCCAUUUUGACCGGCUAUGGCCUCUCGCUCUGGAAGAUUCUCCGAGACGCAGGUCGCGGUGAGGUCAGAAAUUAGUCCUCAGAGAAGUUUAAAUCAACUCGCCGUCUCCAAGCCUCCUCUGCCUCGAGCUGUUGCUGUUGUUUACUAUUUGUCCAGAAAUGGUCACCUUGAACAUCCUCAUUUCGUCGAGGUUCCUCUUUCGUGUCCUCACUCCGGUCUCUUCCUCCGAGAUGUGAUUUGCCGAUUGAAUGUUGUUCGUGGAAAAGGCAUGGCGGCUUUGUAUUCAUGGUCUUCCAAAAGGAGCUAUAAGAAUGGAUUUGUGUGGCACGAUCUGGCGGAGGACGAUUUCAUCUACCCGGCGCACGGCAACGAGUACGUACUCAAAGGAUCGUUGCUUCCGCCGGCGCCGGCGCCGCCUCGACAGCAACAGGAAUCGGAGAUUCAAAAAUCCGAUCGCCGGUCGCGGCGGGGGAACCAGUCCUGCAGCUCGAUCGACUUCUCCGUGGAGGAAGAGUACAGCGUAUACAAGACGGCGGAGUCCUUCUCCGGCCGAUCAGCCGCUGCGGACGCCUCUACUCAGACGGAUGACAUCCGCCGGCGCCGGCUCCGGCAGCAUCCGGAGAUAGCGGAGGAGGAGAAUAAAAGGAAGGAGGCGCCGCGAGACGAGAUCGAGAUCUCGAUCUCCCCGCCGCCGUCGGAUUCGAGUCCGGAAACCCUGGAAAAGCUGAUGAAAGCCGAAGGACGGGUGUUUCCCCAUACCUGCCAAGGUGAUCUUUCCGGUUCCGGCGGCAAUAAAAUUCAGAGGACUCCUGCUCCUCCUCCUCCUCCGCUGCCGAUUGCCGGUAAAUCGACGUCGGUUCUUAUGCAGUUAAUAACUUGCGGGUCAAUUUCGUUUAAGGAUUGUAGGGCGGGGCAGGGGUUGAUCCCGCAGUACAAAAUCCGACGCGGCGGCGGUGGCGGUGGCGGUGGGGGAGUGAAAUUGGAGGAGAAAGAAUAUUUCAGCGGUAGCUUGGCGGAGACGAAGAAAGAUGAGUUAGUGUCGUUGAAACGGUCCAGUUCGUACAAUGCGGAGCGGUGAUCCGUACUGUAUCUGUAAUUCUGUAUGUGUAAUCUGCAUCUGGUUGCAGAGGUGUUUUUGAGGCCGUUUCGUUUCUGAAUUGUGCACAGCACACCGCAGGCUCUCACAUGCUGUUUGAUUCGCAACAGCAACAGUAUUAAUUUUUUUUUUUUUUUUUAUU